GGUUUGCUCCUGUUUUUCUGCCUCCCUCCCCUGAGUUUACUAUUUCCAAAAGACACCAGCCCUGCCACGGUGUUAGUCUACCCUCGCCAGAGGAGGAAAAUCAAGCAGCUGUUGCUGGCAAAUUCGCUCCGGCGCUGGGCACCUCCUCCGCGCGCGUCUCCUGUUGCUUCUUCCAGCCUCACUUCCCUUUGCGAAGAGCUCGAGAAGAGGAGGGCGCCGGCGACAGCAGAGGGGUCUGAGAGGGUCCUAGAAGCCAGCGGACACGGGCGAUCCCGGAGCCCAGCCCGUCGUCAGCCUUCUCCGGGAGGCGGGAAAGCUGCAAGCCGCGCCCACCGCCCUGCCCCCAGCGCGCCACUCCCGGCUGCUGGGACUCUGCACAUCCUCCCGGGAUCCGCUCGGAGGGGACCCAACGCCUAGACACCAUGGAGACGGUGCUGAUCCUUUGCAGCCUGCUGGCCCCCGCUGUCCUGGCUAGUGCUGAGAAGGAGAAAGAAAAGGAUCCAUUCUAUUAUGACUACCAGACCCUGAGGAUUGGGGGAUUGGUGUUUGCUGUGGUCCUCUUCUCUGUUGGGAUACUCCUCAUCCUAAGUCGCAGGUGCAAGUGCAGUUUCAACCAGAAGCCCAGGGCUCCCGGGGAUGAAGAGGCCCAGGUGGAGAACCUCAUCACUACAAACGCUGCGGAGCCCCAGAAGGCAGAGAACUGAAGUGCAGCCUCCAGCAGGAAGCCUCCGGAAGCCAAGACCAGCUGCCUGACCCUUUAGAGGCUGGUGUCAAGGCUUGAGAAAACGGCUACUUCAGAUCUUUCCCCAGGAGAAGCCAAGAACGUGUGUUCCCUGCGCCUCUCCCUGUCCCCACUAACCCCAGUCCUGUACUUAAAGAUGCAACGCUCACAGCCCUUCCCUGUUGACUGGAGCCAGGGCUCUGGCCCCCUUCUGUGCUGUGUCUAUGUGUGUCUGUGUGUCUGCUGACUGUGGUCUUGUGGCUACUCAUCUGUGGAUCUCAUUGUUCCCGUGAACUGUGUGUGUGCUCCCUUUCCUGGGAGGGGCUGGGCCAUGCUGCCAUCCAUGCCUUGUGCCCUCCUGUGGCCUCCAUCCCCUCUUGCUCUCUGGAGUCUGCUCUGCCCCUGAGAAGCCCUAGUCCCAUCUCUGGAUUUAGGUUUGAGGAAACGUGGUACCCAGGGCAGGAGUCCCCAACUGCCUUGGGACUGAGAAGUGUGUAUCAUCUUUGUUGCCGUUCUUCAUGGACUCAGAAGAAACUUGCUCCCGAUUCCACCAGUUUUGAAGGUCUGUCAGCAGUGGGAGAUGCUGAGGAUUGCCUUCCCGCAGGCCUCCUGGGGUCCUUUCUCUUUUUAGGGUGGCCACUGCAGAGUCCCAGUCUGUCUUACCCUUUGCGGAACACCCAGGAAUUCCAGGUCCAGGGCUUCCUCUUGCUUCUGGGGAAUGUGCUCCUCACAUACCUUCUGAGCAAUAACCCCGUAGGUUCUGGAAUCCUCCUGCCUUUGCCCACCUUCUCUGCUUCUGAGACUUUCCUUUCUAGCCUAAUUCAUGUGGCCUGAGGAUUCCUUCCUUCUCUGAAGCGGGUCUCUGGCAGGGGAUGGCCGAGGGGAUGGGCGACAGAGAGCGUGGGGGUGGGUCUGCCUCUCUGCCUUGUGAUGUGGGUCUGGCAGCCGCUGCAGCUUCCUUUCUCUGGCUGUCAGGGGUCCGAGUGGAGAGGGAUGGAAGGGUGCGGGCGCAGCAGGGCUGCGGGUCAGAGAUCAACAGGGUACGUACAGCCGGGGUGCGCAGCGAAGGCCAGACAUCGAAGGUCAUCAGAGUGAAAACUCAAACCAGACCCCGCCCCACCUGUCCAUUGUGUUCCCUUGGAAACUAACCAAGCCACACUGUGUACCGGGACUGCUGAUCUCUGUCUUGUGAUCUGUCCUCUGACAACAGAAAAAUACGUAAAUAAAACCUUGUUUCCUAGUG